UUCCAGGCAAUGCUGCCUGUGUGACGUCUAAUCUAAUGGACGGGAAGUUUCUUCAACAACCACAACUGCGACCUCGGUAGCUUUGCUAGCCAACGUAGCGGAACAUUUCAGCUCUUUGUACGUUUUUCGUUAUUAUUAGCCACUGUUUUAAACACACGUCUGUCGUAUCUACUAGUUACCCCUUUUAAUAUCACAUUUACGUUGGUGUUGGUCAGCUAGCUGUCUGGUUAAGGUAGCAGUAGCUAUAGGUUAGUCGCUAAUGCUAACUAGCUAACAUCCCCAACAAUGACUUCAAAAAGCUACUACACCUCCGCUGAAGAGGCGGACUGCUGGACGGAGAGAAACGCUCUCGUGAAAGAGGAAAGGGAAGAGGAGGCUGUCACUGUUAAACAAGAAGUAAAGGACGAGGCUGUUACAGUGAAAAACGUUUCAGUGAAAGAGGAGGGGGAAGAUAAACAAGAGGGUGCAGUUUUUACAGUGAAAGAGGAGACGACUGUCACGGUGAAAGAAGAGGAAGACGUUUUUGGAGUGAAGGAGGAUGCGGAGAUCACUGUCACAUUGGAGGAGGAAGAAGAGCAGAAUGGAGAUCUGAUUAACACCAGAGAGAGACCAGACUCAGAGGAACCGGAGACGUCUGAACCAGCAAGACGACACCACUGCUCCCAGUGUGGAAAAAGUUUUAGCCAAUUACGGACACUGAAGGUGCAUGGAAGAAUACACACUGGAGAGAGGCCCUACCAAUGUUCCCAAUGUGGAAAGAGUUUUGCCCUGUUAGAGAGCCUGAAAAUACACAAUAGAAUACACACAGGAGAGAAGCCUUACCAAUGCUCCCAGUGUGGAAAGAGAUUUUCACAGUUAAGUUGCCUGAAAUCGCAUGAGAUAAUACACACAGGAGAUAAGCCUCACAAAUGCUCUCAAUGUGGUAAUACUUUUAAGCGGUUAAGUAACCUGAAGGACCAUAAAAGAGUACACACAGGAGAAAAGCCUUACCACUGUAUCCAUUGUGAAGAGCGUUUUAGCUGGUCAAGGCAACUGAAAGCGCAUGAGAGAACACACACUGGAGAGAAGCCCUACCAAUGUUCCCAGUGUGGAAAGAGUUUUACCCAGCUAGGGAGCCUGAAAAUACAUAAUAGAAUACACACAGGAGAAAAGCCUUACCAAUGCUCCCAGUGUGGAAAGAGAUGUAAACGGUUAAGUUGCCUGAAAUCGCAUGAGAUAAUACACACCGGAGAUAAGCCUCACAAAUGCCCUCUAUGUGGUAAUACUUUUAAGCGGCUAAGUAACCUGAAGGAACAUGAAAGAGUGCACACAGGGGAAAAGCCUUACCCCUGUUUCCAAUGUGAAAAGAGUUUCAGCACGUUAAGACAACAAAAAGAGCAUGAGAGAACACACACCGGAGAGAAGCCCUACCAAUGCUCCCAGUGUGGAAGGCGAUUUAACCGCUUAAGUAACCUGAAAUCUCAUGAGUGGACACACAGGAGAGACGCCACAUCACUGAUCUGUGUGGAAAUAGUCAUCUACAAGACCCUGCUAGGUAAAGCUAUAUGUUGUGAAGCCCACUGGCUCCAGGUCAUCUACAAGACCCUGCUAGCCCACUGGCUCCAGGUCAUCUACAAGACCCUGCUAGGUAAAGCUAUAUGUUGUGAAGCCCACUGGCUCCAGGUCAUCUACAAGACCCUGCUAGGUAAAGCUAUAUGUUGUGAAGCCCACUGGCUCCAGGUCAUCUACAAGACCCUGCUAGCCCACUGGCUCCAGGUCAUCUACAAGACCCUGCUAGGUAAAGCUAUAUGUUGUGAAGCCCACUGGCUCCAGGUCAUCUACAAGACCCUGCUAGCCCACUGGCUCCAGGUCAUCUACAAGACCCUGCUAGGUAAAGCUAUAUGUUGUGAAGCCCACUGGCUCCAGGUCAUCUACAAGACCCUGCUAGGUAAAGCUAUAUGUUGUGAAGCCCACUGGCUCCAGGUCAUCUACAAGACCCUGCUAGAAUCGCUAAUGCUAACAUCCCCGACCAUGAGUUCAAAAAGCUACCACACCUUCGCUGAAGAGGAGGACUGCUGGACGGAGAGAGAAGCUCUCGUGAAAGAGGAGAAGGAAGAGGAGGCUGUCACAGUUAAACAAGAAGUAAAGGACGAGGCUGUUACAGUGAAAGAGGAAGACGUUGCAGUGAAAAAGGAAGAGGAGGUUAAUAAACAAGAGGGUGCAGUUUGUACCGUGAAAGAGGAGACGACUGUCACGGUGAAAGAAGAGGAAGCCGUUUUUGGAGUGAAGGAGGAGGGUGAGAUCACUGUCACAUUGGAGGAGGAAGAAGAGCAGAAUGGAGAUCUGAUUAACACCAGAGAGACACCAGACUCAGAAGAUCCAGAGCAAGAGACGUCUGAACCAGCAAGACGACACCACUGCUCCCAGUGUGGAAAGACUUUUACCCAGUUACGGACACUGAAGGUGCAUGAAAGAAUACACACUGGAGAGAAGCCCUACCAAUGUUCCCAGUGUGGAAAGAGUUUUACCCAGUUAGGGAGCCUGAAAAUACAUAAUAGAAUUCACACCGGAGAGAAGCCUUACCAAUGCUCCCAGUGUGGAAAGAGAUGUUCACAGUUAAGUUGCUUGAAAUCACAUGAGAGAAUGCACACAGGAGACAAGCCUCACAAAUGCCCUCAAUGUGGUAAUACUUUUAAGCGGUUAAGUAACCUGAAAGAACAUCAAAGAGUACACACAGGGGAAAAGCCUUACUACUGUUUAUAUUGCGAAAAGCGUUUCAGCUGGGUAAGGCAACUGAAAGAGCAUGAGAGAACACACACCGGAGAGAAGCCCUACCAAUGCUCCCAGUGUGGAAAGAGUUUUACCCAAUUCGGGAGCCUGAAAAUACAUGAGAGAAUCCACACAGGCGAAAAGCCUUUCCAAUGUUCCCAGUGUGGAAAGAGUUUUAACCGGUUAGGUAACCUGAAAUCACACGAGAGGACACACAAAGAAGAAGAGCCACAUCACUGCUCCCAGUGUGGAAAGAAUUUUACCUCAUUACGCUUCCUGAAGAAUCAUGAGCAAAGACACACGGGGGAAAAGCCUUUCCGCUGCUCCCAGUGUGGAAUUAAAUUUACCUGGUUACGCCAACUGAAAUCACAUGAAAGAAUCCACACAUGAAAUGUUACGAAUGCUCCCAGUGUAGAAAGAUAUUUACCCAGUUCAGGCACCUGAAAGACUAAGGUUACACACACACAGGGGAGAAGCUUUACUCAUGCUCCCAAUGUGGAGGGUGAUUUUUCACAUACUUACAAUUCAUGAGGUAACACGCACAUUGAGGUAACACACUUCUCAUCCUCAAUUCACGAGGUAACACACUUCUCAUCUUAUACUGAAAAGUGGUGCUUUGUGGUUUUGUUUAUGCUCUUUUUUCCAUAUGAAAUCAAAUUGGAGAAAACCUACUCAAAAAUAAAUUUGUAUGUUUUAUGUUUUUAAAUCCCAAGAUAUUAAUUGAAUAUGGAGUGUGUCAGUUUUUAUGUAGAUUCUAUGUACACUCUCUCUGUGUACACUACACUCUCUCUGUGUACACUACACUCUCUCUCUGUGUACACUACACUCUCUCUGUGUACACUCUCUGUGAUUAAAUAGUCUUCUU